GAUGUUUUCCUGGGGUCGGGGAGGUGUCUUGCGAGGUUGUCCCUGUAGUAUUAAAAUCCGUGGGUCAAGCACCCCGGCUCUAUCCCUGUGUCUUGUGCAUGGGGCCUGGGAAGUCCUCCAGCGUUCAGGGAGUCCUGUUAUCACUGCCCUCUCCCGGGCCUUUUAUGGAGACCUCAAGUCCGCCCCCCCUCCCCCAGUCUCCUCUGUCCCCCACAGCACUCUGCCACCUGUCAGACAGCUGCAGUGACGACGCACAGAGCCCUGCGGCAGGCCUGAAAUAGCCAGAGACCCGCUUGAGGCCUGCUGGAGAGGACGCAGUCGGGCCGGCGCUGAGCAGGCCCAGAUGGAGGGCUUCGCCGGGCGCUUCCUGGAGUUCCACCCCGUCCAUGGCGCCAACGUCCGCCUGGAUCAGGCGGGCACCCGGGCCACGCGGGUGGAGAGCUUCGCCGACGGGCUGUGCUUCAGCAGGCGGCCCCUGGCCCCUGGCGAGAUCUUCCUGGUGGAGAUCGAGGACAAGGAGCUGGGCUGGUGCGGACACCUGAGGGUGGGGCUGACGGCGCACGACCCCGGCGGCCUGGCCGCGGUGCCCGAGUACUCCCUGCCGGACCUGGUGGGCAUGGGCGACAGCUGGGUGUUCGCCAUCACCCGGAACCACAACAGGGUGGUCGAGGGAGAGGGAGAGGGAGAGGCAGAGGGGGGCAGCUCCCCCAAGAGCUUCUUCACCGACACCCACCUCCACAUCGGGGGCGCGCGCAUCCCCCGGGACAAGCUGGUGGGCCGCAGCCGCCCGGGCCGGUUCAGCCACAUCCUGGACGACCUGUACAAGACCAACACGCUGCCCCCCACGGCCCGCCGGAGCCGCAUCGGGGUGCUGUUCGUGCCCAGCGGGCGGGGCGCCGCCGACAUGCACAUCGUCAUCAACGGGGAGGACAUGGGCGCCAGCGCCAGGGGCAUCCCUGCCCAGCGGCCCCUGUUCGCGGUGGUCGACGUCUUCGCCGCCACCAAGAGCGUGCGCGUGGUGCAGUCCCCUCUCUGCAGACCCUGUGCCGCCAGACCAUUCAGAAGCACAUCGUCCACAGGAUGGCCCUGGACUGGCUGGAGCUCCCUGAACUCCUCAAGCACUACUGCAAGUACGAGUGACGGAGUCGGGGCGCCAGGGACCGCAGCCGGGGCAGUGCAGAAGGAGGGGCCCCCAAACCCGUGCGACAGCGAGCUCUCGUGUCCCCACUGAGCAGCCAGCAGAUACCCCUCUUCCGUUACCCUGGGCGGCCCUCACACAUACAGUAGGGUGCGAUCAGAGGAGCCAGUGACAGUCGCUUGGGAAGCAUGUUCCUCUCGGGAGGACACGGGCCUUGAUUACGGGAAUCCUCCCGGAAUGGCUUGGGGAAGCUUUAUUCCGGAGUUGUCAGCCGUGCUCAGAGUAGGAGGUUUUUGACAUUUUUGCCCUGCCCUGCACAGGACCGCCGUUUCUGAAAUGGAGGGUCUUCAUUUUGAACAUAAAAUCCCAGUCAGCUUCUGCUAAUUAAUUUAUAAUGAUAGAAAUAUGAAGAGCUCCCGGUCAGCAGAGCAGACCCCCUGUGUGGAAGAAUUGGACUGUUCUGUUCUGUUUCCGGACACUCGGGAACCAGAACCAUCAUUCAAGCCUGCAGUAAGCUCAACAGCCCACAUGUCUUGUUUCGUCUGUCUGCUUUUUUAGCGUGGAAUUAACCUCAGCUCGUGCCUUACUGCAGCCUUUUCUAGCUGUGCACGAGUCCUGAAUGGUAUCAUAACACUUGGAUUUUAUAAGUACUCGGUCUGCGCUGUUGUGGUGACAAGUUUCACAUUGUAAGCUUUCAACUGAAUCACAACCAAGGAGUCAAGCAUCAACAGGUCUGUUUCAAACUGGUUACUUUUGGCAGGAGCACCACAUUAAACAAUUCUACCUGUAUUAUCUGUAAUUGAUACUGUGAAGUACCAUGGCCUUCUCUAUUGUGUUAUUACCUCAGAUAAUUACGUCGUUCAUUGUUGGACUCUGUGUGACACUGAAUAUUAUCAGCAAAUGAACUGGGCUACAGCAUUGUUUCUCUAUAUCACCUGGAGAUACUCAUCAUGAUAAAGGCUUUAUACGGGGUUUGUUAUUAAAUUCCACCGUUUAAUUUGGUUUGCACAACAAAAUAAAGGCAUCUACACCAUAUUUUAAUAAUGCAUUAUUAUCCAUCAGAAAAAUCCCUUCUGGCCAUGAAAAAAUAGCAGGCAAAACUGUUUAACCAUUAUUUUAAUAACCUUAGCUUGUAUUCAUGUACCCUACAAUAAUAAAUCAUUUUGAAAAUAGG